UUUGAAACGAUUGUUAAAAGUUCAAAAACUUGCGAGCUCCGAACCCUCGCGGCAGUGUCAAGUGCAAAUCAGCUAGCUGCCGUAAACUGAACACAGAAACGAGCUAAAAAGCAAAAUGUUGAAAUGUGCAGCUAAUUGAGCAACUCAUGAUCGGGGGCGACCAGUCCGGUCCGCAUUAAAAUGUCGUCCGGACACUGAAAAUGAGCAAUUCAGGGGAACCCAAAGCGGUCACAACUCCACACAUAGUGAAAGAAGAGCUCAUUGCAGCAGGAAAAUGGGUGAAGCUGGAGAAGACAACAUACGUGGACCCUGCUGGAAACACCAGAACCUGGGAGACUGCGAAAAGGACGACGAGACAAACCAACACGCAGGCAGAUGGUGUUGGGAUCAUCGCGCUGCUGAAACGGACGCUCCACAAAGACUGCGUCGUGAUGGUGAAGCAGUUUCGUCCCCCUAUGGGAUGCUACACUCUGGAGUUUCCUGCAGGGUUGAUCGACGAGGGUGAAAGCGCCGAGGCUGCUGCCUUGAGGGAGCUUAAAGAGGAAACCGGCUACAAAGGGGAAGUAGUCGGAGUCACUCCAGUGACCUGUCUGGACCCCGGUCUGUCUAACUGCACCACCCAGAUCAUCAUGGUCAACAUCAACGGAGAUGAAAUGGAGAAUAUCAACCCAACACAACAGCUCGGUGAUGGAGAAUUCGUUGAAGUCAUCCUUCUGCCCCUCGAUGAAUUCCAGACGAAAAUAGACCAGCUGCUGAAGAAAGAAAAAAUCGUGGUGGACUCCAAAGUGUACAUCUUCGCCAUGGGGAUGGCUCAGGCCUUCUUCAAGCCGAGGGAGCUGCCCAUCCUGAAGCAGUGAAGAGGAACGCUCAGGGAGGAGGAAGUAGCCUUUUGCUGUUACACAGGACUGGAAAUGUAUUGGAAAGGAAAUUUGAAGUGUUCUAAAUUAAAUGAAGAAAUUGUACGAGAAGUUGUGGUUUUAGACUUGAUGUGACCUCAUAUUUUAAUGUUUGUUUUCUCUGAGGUGCAGUGACCAUCCGCGGAGCGAUACAUCAGUUAGACCACCAGUGUGUUUAAACAAGCGAAAAAGUGAAACGAAUGAAAUCAAAGCCUUGAAAAACUUUAAGUGAGCCUCUGUAGCAGCCCUGAUUACACCACAUGUCCUGGACCACUCUUUGUACUCAGCGAGGCGAGGCCUGAAAACACCUGGUGGCCAUUUCAGGCUUCAGUCUCGUGUGCCUUAUGUGACAAAUAGUCAUUUCCAGGUUUUUAUGAGAUUGUGAAAGGUUGACAAGAUGUUAUUUUUUGUCGUUUUUAUGAAGCGAUUGUACAACAUUCCUUUCCACAUACUGUUUCCCAGAUUUAAAGACAGAAAAAUCAGCCAAUUAACCAUUCCUGUUUUAAAAAAAAAAUAUUACAGGUGAUCUACCAUGUAGUUAAUUCUUGCUUCAUUUACUUCUUUGUUUUCUUUUUGUUUUUCUUUGAUAACAAUAGAUUUUGGAGACAGCGUGCCAGACUUUUUUUGCACUGAUGUUUAACAUGAUGACAGAGAGCAGUCGGAGCAUUAAAUCCUACAAGCUCACAUCCUUCCUCUGGAUCUUGUCUAAAGACAUCUCAUAACUUACUUUAGAGGAGCCAUUAGUUAGAAAAUAAGUCACGCACUGUGGUAAUAGUUACAGAUGGUAACUGGCUUAGUAUAUUAACAAUGUUAACAAUAUGGGGGGGUUGUCUUUGUCCAUGUAACUCAACUGUAAUGUUCAUCAGAGGUACUGUGUGGAUAAUGUGGAAAUGACUCAUGCUGUGCCUCCAGUCUCAUUAUGGUGCAAUUAACUGGAAAUGUACCUAACCUAACCCCUAAAAAUGACUGACCAAUGAAUAAAAGUGAUACUACAUUUGCUCUUA